AGUAAAAAUAUUUUAUUAUGAUGAAGAGUUUUGAUUUAUUUUAUCAACUUCAAAUCAACAGUUUUAGAGAUCGAUUUUUCUAGACAACGUUUUAUCAAAUAAUAAUCCAAGAAAAUUGUGUAAAUAUGAAAAUAAAUUGAAUGUUAUAAAAAUUUAUUCUUUCUCUUAUUAGGAGACAUGUAUGAAAAGGACUUUCGAAUCGACAAACAUAUUUGAUCGAGCUUAGAAAACUUAAUUUAUAAUCUGAAUACGUUUAAUUUAAAUUUGAAAAUGAAUCCAUAAAAAACCAAACCACAAAAGACGCAAAGUGUUCUUUCAUUCGAUUUAAUUGCUUUGCUUUUUUUUAUAGGCUACAACAUAAUAAAAGGGUAUUCUAACAAUAUCUAUCGUUCAAAAGAAAACAUAAAAUGUGAUUCAUACUUUCAUUGUUGGACAGUUCUUCUGGGUUUACAAACAGGAUUGCAUGUUAGAGAACUAAUGUUUCGUCAACAUCGAGAGAUUUUUAGAGGUUCGAGAACGUCGGAAAAACCCUAUAGCAGCACUGAGAUCUUGACCAACCGCUCUGUUAAAAUCUCAUUUCUGAUAGAACGAAAUAGAUUCUCAAGAAGCAGACUUCUUCGUAUCUUUCUAUGACAAAAACUCAAAAUAUUCGUCGAUAAACAAAGUUUUCUAAGUAAGUAGAUCCCUUAAUUUAAUGAUCCACUCAUCAGUAUCUAAUAUAGACAUAAUAGAAAUAUUAAUUCCGACCAAACUAUACUUGUUUUAACUAAUCCAACAUGAGGUUACUGCUUAGGAUAUUGGACUUAGUUGAAAGCGUGAGUCGGUAUGUUUAUUCAUGCACAAGGCUAACAGAAAGAUUCAAAAUAUCCCAGAUUAUCCGAAUCUCCUAAACAACUUGAAAUACAGAGGAUGAUAUUACUUAUGAAAUUAUUUCUGUUUCAGCUUCAUUUGUAGUGAUUUUGAAACGAAUAUUAGAAGUAAUUAAUCCAAAAUGUGUUGCACGUUCCCACCAAGCAACAAUAAACUUAUUUUAAAUACUGUUUUGGUUUUAGGGCCAAUGUUAAUGAACUAAUUUCAUUAGAAGUAAGUAUUCAUCAAUUAUCAUUGAGUCGUGAAUUAAAAAGUAAUAAUCCACUAUUGAACGAUGAAUUACUAUAUCGUGAUAGUUUAUCAAUUGAUGAUCCAUCAAUAGUUAUUAAUCCAACAGCAUCGAAUGAUAAAUUAGCAAGUGUAAAUCGUCCACCACUCAGUGAGCCCUUGACAAAUAUUCUUGCAUUACCAUUGAACGAUGAAUUAGAAAAUAUUAAUCGAUUAACACUUAUUGAUGAUUCAUUGGAUAUAAAUCCAUUAGCACGUGUUCAUGAAUCUACAAACAAAGUGGAAUUGUUGUCUAAUGAUGAAUCACAAGUCAUAUUAAUGACUUCUAAUUCAAACUCCAAUCGUUUUAAUGAUGGAGAAGUUACUGAUCAAUCAUUGAGUGAUAAUCAGAAUGUUGGUUCUAUUAAUUUAUCAUCAUUGAACUUAACUAAUGUUUCGAAUUCUCAAGUUGUUCAUGGUCAUGAUUCACAUGUUGGUUUACUUAAUGUCAAUGAUAAUUAUAAUGUUAAUCCAUCAUUAGCAAUUGAUUCUAAUCUUAUGUAUUCCACGUCAUCAGUUCGACGUCGUCGCUCUAUAGAUGUCACUGAUGAAUACACUGAUGUAUCACAUAAAAAAAGUUCUAAACGUAGUUCAAAUCAAGUUACUGAUCAAAAUGAUCCUAUUAUUAUUAAUUCAUCAACUGCACGUGUUAAUUCUGUUAUUUCAUCUACAUCUGAUUCUGUUAAUCAACAAGGUAGUAGGAAUGAUCAUGAUGAUGUUAGUGUUGAUAAUAAUAAAUUAAAUCAAAGGUUUUCGAUUACAAAUGAAUCAACACGUUAUGCGUUAACUCGUUUUCCAUUUUCACCUUUUGUUUUACAGUUUAAAUCAGGAAAGGUUACUGUUAAUCAAGUUAAAGAUGAAUUAAUUCGUCACUGUAAAACAGUUCAUCAAAUUGAUAUUCAUAUUUUGAAUUGUCGUUUAAUUAAACCAAAUUCCAACAUUAAUCAAUAUAAUAUUCUUAUUUAUGUUAAAGAUGUUACAUCAUUUGCUUGUUUUUUAAAUCAUGAACAUUGGCCAAAGUUAUUAGGUAAUGAAUCAUAUAUUUUAUCUUCGUUACCUUCAAUUCCUCCUCAAUUAUGUUGUAUAAUCAAGAAUGUUGAUUUAAAUAUCAAUUAUGAUGAAUUUUGUGAAGCUAUUCAUAAUAAAUUUCCUGAAGUUAAAAAUAUAGUACGUUUAAAAAAUAAAUUCCAAAAUGAUAUAAAAAUGGUUAAAUUAGAAUUAACAUGUCCAAAUGUUCGUGAUAAACUAUUAAAUGAUCGUCGAAUUCUUAUUAACCACAUUUCUUAUGUUGUGGCAGAAUUUUUAGCUCCUGCUCAUGUACUUAUCUGUUCCAAGUGUAUGACACUUGGUCAUUUUCAAAAACAAUGUUCACAAACUAAAGAAACUUGUCGUACAUGCAGCGAAGUUGUUGAUAAUAUGAAGAAUCAUAUAUGUUCGAAGAUAGAAAAAUGUACACAUUGUCAAUCGAACCACAAAUCUAGUUCUCUUAAAUGUCCUGUUGUUAAAGCUUAUCGUGCAGAACUUACACGUAAACUAUUACAUUUAAAUAAUCCACCUGCAGCUACAGUUGAUAUUAAUAAUAUUAUGCAAAAUUAUGUAUACAAGUCGUCGAACUUUUCACCGCCUCCUGUUUCUUAUGCAUCAGCAAUUAAUUCAACAAUUAAUCCUAUGAUUAAUCCUAUGAUGAAAAAACUUGACGAAUUAAUGAACACUAUGUCUGAAAUGAAGAAUCAACUUGCUAGUUUUGAAGUUAAACAAAAUACAAUUGAACAAUUUAUAAUUGCUAAACAAGAAGGUGAUGAUCUUAUUAAACAAAAUUUAGAUGCACUUGCUAAGAAUCAACUUGAUAUGAAAAAAGACGUUAUUCAUCAUGGUUUAUUUAUUGAUCGUCAUGAAAAUUUGUUUAUGAACUUAUUGUUACCUAUGUUUCAAGAUGUAUUUAUAUUUAUCUCAUCAUUAAAUAAAGAUAAGAAGGGUAAUACAUUAGAUACUGAUUUAAAAGAUAAAAUAGAAUGUUACCUUAAACAAAUGAAUAAAGUUAAAGAAGAUGUGAAAGGUGUAGAAGUUGUACGUUUAUUAGGUGUAUAUGCACCGACGAGUAAAUCUUGGAAUUGGCAAGAUUUGUCUCCUUAUGUGACUAAGAAAUGUAUAAUUUAUGGUGAUUUUAAUGUUGAUUUUUGUCAAGAUAUUCAAAAAGCAGAAUCUCUUUUAUCUUGGGCUGAUGAACAUUUUCUUGCUCCUUUUCUUACUGGUAUGCCAACUUCUCUACGUUCUGAUAGAGAAGUUGACUAUGCUUUUGCAAGUAAUAUUAAUAUUACUAUUCAAGCUUAUAGUGGCAAGACUUCAAGUGAUCAUGUGCCGAUUUUAUCGGUUAUUCCAUUUAAGAUAGAAGAAAAUAAUGUAGGAAAAAAUGUUCAUUGGAAGGUUUUUUCUCUUUUUACUGAAUAUACUUUCUCUUUUUGGGAAGGAUUAUGGAACUUUGAUAAUCUUGAUAAUUUAUAUAAUGAUUACACAAAAUUUUUAUUUCUUCUUUCUGCUCGUUGUACGAUUGUUUUUCCUAUUGAAAAAUAUCGUCCAGCUAUUCCAGUUGAACUCCGUUCCUUCCUUUCAUUUAUUAGAGCGCUUUCCUUUCGACAAAUGAGAACAAAAUGUAGCGAACUAAGAAAUGAGGUUAAUUAUUUGAGAAAAAUUGCUAAGAAAGAACUUAAAAAUUUCUUUUCUUCUAAUCUUUCGUCUGUUCUUCGUUUUCGAAAUUUUUCUUCACCUGCGGGUAAUUUCUUUUGGUCUAGAACAAAGAAACAUCUUAAACCUUCUUCUUCUUCUGUUCAUGCUCUUAUUGAUUCUUCAGGUAAAGCUAAUAAAGAUCCCGUAUUGAUGUGUGAAGUAGCAGCUGAUUAUUACGAAAAAUUUUUUCGCAAAUCUGAAAUCAUUAGACCUCAUCCGUAUACUGAUUCUCCUUUUUUACAUCAUGAAAAUGUGGAUGAAUUAAUUCCGGAGGUAACUUUGGAAGAGUUGAUUUACACUGUGCAGGUUAAACGCAAAAAGAAAUCAGUUGAUGCACAUGGUAUAUGUAAUUAUAUGUUUCAUUUCCUUGAUUUAACUCAUUGGUCUUUGUUUCUUAAACUAUUCAAUCAUUCUUUUCAGAAUACAAUUCUUCCAGAUGCUUGGAAAGAAACUAGAAUGAUUUUAAUUGCUAAAAAAGAAUCUAUAUGUUCUCCUGCUUUAACACGUCCAAUUUCACUAAUUGAUUCUUUUCUUAAGAUUGGUGAGAGAUUAUUUCUCAAUAGAUUUCGUGAUGUUCUGUUACGUAGAGGUUUACUUCCAGAUAAUCAAUCUGGUUUUCGUGAUGGUUUUCGUCUUCAAACUAGAUUAUUAUUAUUUCUUGAGGAUGUGUACAGUUUAAUGUCUAAUAGUGCACCCGUUUGUACUAUCUUUAUAGAUUUUCGUUCCGCUUUUGAUCAGUUGUGGCAUAGUGGUUGUAUCGGGAAACUUUUUAGGCUCGGUAUACCUCGUUCUUAUAUUUUAUGGAUUGACGCUUGGCUUCGACGUCGGAGAUGUUAUAUUGAAAUUAAGGGUCAUAAAUCUCGUUAUUUUAAUAUUGAGAAGGGUGGACCUCAAGGAAGCGUGUUAACUCCCACAUUGUUUAUUUCUUAUCAUUGUGACAUGGGUCAAUUUCUUUCGAGUUGUACAAGUCAUUUUUUUGCAGAUGAUGUUGCCGCUAUACUUGCAGGUCAAAUGGGUGUUCGUUUUACUGAUCAAUGUCUUGAUCUAGAAAAACGUGUUAAAUCGUUUUUAGAUCGACUUGAAUUUUACUCAUGUUUAUCUGAUCAACCGUUAAAUCGUUCAAAAACUGAUGCUCUAUUUAGUGCUCGUGCGAUAGGUUUGCCCAAAUUUACUAUUUCAUUUGAUAGUGAUGGUGGUGAUGAGAUAAAAUGGAAAAAAGAAUAUAAGUAUCUAGGAUAUAUUAUAUCCUCUAAACUUGGUUGGGGAAAAUUAAUUAAAGAUGUUGAAUGUAAAGUCAGAAAGAGGAUAUCUCUUAUAAGAUCGUUUAAACUUUUUGGUUGUUCUUCACCUAGUGUUCGUAAAGUAUUAUUUUACUCCCAUGUUCUACCUUUAUUUACAUGGAUCUAUCCUGUUUAUCCUCUUUUGACUCGUAAACAACAGGAAAGUAUGUGUAAGUUCUAUUAUACUUCAUUACGUCGUGUUCUGUUUUGUCUUGAAUGGAAUGAUAUUUUUUUUUCAUAUGUACUUGAUGAGUUAUCUCUGGAAGAUCGUUGUUCUGCGUACUGGAAUCGAUAUCUUAUUGCGCUUUCUGAUUCCACAGAUGGUAAUCUUAUUUUCGAAAAAGCGAAUCUAUGUGAGUUUAGGAAAAGUUGGUUAGAUAAAGAAUUUUCUAUUAGAUGUCUAAGGAAAUCAAAAAGAUUUGUUCCUAAUCAUUCCAUAUUAGAAAAAGUGGUUACAUGGCUCUCGUCUAUUCCGAUGAAUUCUUCAGUUCCACAUUUUGAGAUGCAAGAUAUUGAACUUCUUGAGAAUUUUCCUGAGUCUUUUUGUUAGCCUUAAGUUGUUUGUUGUUUUUUCUUAGUAUUAUCUUUAUGUUAGUUUGUCACUUUAGUUUAUUUUUUUUCUUAUUUCCAUAUAAUACUCUUUGUUCUUUCAUAACUCU